AUGAGGACAUCACAGUAUAGUCCAGGAGAAAACCCGGCUCCCUCCAAUGUCCAUCCGGCACCACCCAGUGUAGAUGGACCAUCGGAUUCCUCGUAUCCUGAGGAACCUCAGACUGUGCGGGACCGGGCCGGCCUUCCAACAGGGAAGAGGUUCUCCUGUCCUGAGUGUGGGAAAUGUUUCCAAUUUAAAUCCAAUCUUAAUCAGCAUAUAAAAUCUCACACGGGGGAGAAGUCGUAUUCCUGCCCUGAGUGCGGGAAAUGUUUCCAAUAUAAAUCCCGUCUUAAUGUGCAUAUAAGAUGUCACACGGGAGAGAAGCCGUAUUCCUGUCCUGAGUGCGGGAAAUGUUUCCAAUAUAAAUCCCGUCUUAAUGUGCAUAUCAGAUCUCACACGGGAGAGAAGCCGUAUUCCUGUUCUGAGUGCGAGAAAUGUUUCCAAUAUAAAUCCAAUCUUAUUGAGCAUAUAAGAUCUCACACGGGAGAGAAGCCGUAUUCCUGUUCUGAGUGCGGGAAAUGUUUUUCAAAGAAGUCCUAUCAUCACUCACAUCAAAGAUCUCACACGGGGGAGAAGCCGUAUUCCUGUCCUGAGUGCGGGAAAUGUUUUUCAAAGAAGUCCUAUCAUUCACUCCAUCAAAGAUCUCACACGGGGGAGAAGCCGUAUUCCUGUCUUGAGUGCGGAAAAUGUUUCCAAUAUAAAUCCAAACUUAUUGAGCAUAUAAGAUCUCACACGGGAGAGAAGCCGUAUUCCUGUUCUGAGUGCGGGAAAUGUUUUUCAAAGAAAUCCUAUCAUCACUCACAUCAAAGAUCUCACACGGGGGAGAAGCCGUAUUCCUGUCCUGAGUGCGGGAAAUGUUUUUCAAAGAAGUCCUAUCUUCACUCGCAUCAAAGAUCUCACACGGGGGAGAAGCCGUAUUUGUCUCCUGAGUGCGGGAAAUGUUUUUCACAGAAGUCCCAUCUUCACUCACAUCAAAGAUCUCACACGGGGGAGAAGCCGUAUUCCUGUCUUGAGUGCGGAAAAUGUUUCCAAUAUAAAUCCAAACUUAUUGAGCAUCAAAGAUCUCACACGGGGGAGAAGCCGUAUUCCUGUCCUGAGUGCGAGAAAUGUUUUUCAACGAAGUCCAAUCUUCACAAACAUCAGAGAUCUCACACGGGGGAGAAGCCAUGUUCCUGUCCUGAGUGCGGGAAAUGUUUUUCAGCGAAGUCCUCUCUUUACAAACAUCAAAGAUCUCACACGGGGAAGAAGCCGUAUUCCUGUCCUGAGUGCGGGAAAUGUUUCCAAUAUAAAUCCGAUCUUAAUAUGCAUGAAAGAUCUCACACGGGGGAGAAGCCGUAUUCCUGUUCUGAGUGCGGGAAAUGUUUCCAAUCAAAAUCUAAACUUAAUGUGCAUAAAAGAUCUCACACGGGGGAGAAGCCGCAUUCCUGUUCUGAGUGCGGGAAAUGUUUCCAAUCUAAAUCUAAACUAAAUGUGCAUAUAAGAUCUCACACGGGGGAGAAGCCAUAUUCCUGUCCUGAGUGCGGGAAAUGUUUUGCAGGAAAAUCAGCACUUAUCAUACAUCAGAUGUCUCACACAGGGGAGAAGCCACAUUCCUGUCCUGAGUGUGGGAAAUGUUUCCAAUCUAAAUCUCAACUUAAUGUGCAUAAAAGAUCUCACACGGGGGAGAAGCCGUAUUCCUGUUCUGAGUGCGGGAAAUGUUUUGUAGCAAAAUCAACACUUCUCAUACAUCACAGGUCUCACACGGGGAGAAGCCCAUAUUCCUGUCCUGACUGUGGGAAAUGUUUUUCCUAUAAGUUCUAUCUUUCCAGACAUCAGAGAUCUCACACUGGAGAGAAGCCGUAUUCCUGUCCUGAGUGCGGGAAAUGUUUUUCACAGAAUUCCUAUCUUCACAUGCAUCAGAGGUCUCACACGGGGGAUGCACAUUUUUGUCCUGAGUGCGGGAAAUGUUUCAAUAUAAAUCUCAACUUAAUGUGCAUAAAAGAUCUCACACGGGGGAGAAGCCGUAUUCCUGUCCUGAGUGUGGGAAAUGUUUUUCCUAUAAGUUCUAUCUUUCCACACAUCAGAGAUCUCACACGGGGGAGAAAGCCGUAUUCCUGUCCUGAGUGCGGGAAAUGUUUUCCAAUAUAA